UAAAAACAUAAAGCUUCGGAUUCUUUGUUUCUAAAAUAAAAAUACGUUAUAUUUUUAUAUUUGUAUAUAUUUAUAUAUUUUUUAAUACGAAAAGUGCGGGAUUAAUUGUGUGAUUAAUAUCUGAGUCUGAGUCUGUCUUAAACACAUAGAAAGGUCGUUGUUUCUCUUCAUCCAGCAGCAGACACUGAGCCGAAGAACCCGGAUCAGAACCUCACACAAUAAACUUAUUUAUUUUUAUUACAUGAAAAAUUCUAUUUCUCAUUGUUAGACAUUUUACGUUAUGUUUCCAAACAGCAGCUUCAGCCGAAAGUGCUCUGUUUUAGUAAAAGGUGUUCAGAGGAGGCUCAGGGAGAAGAACCACCUCCACCUUCUUCUUCUUCUUCUUCUUCUUCAUUUAAUUACGAGCUUAAUCUUCAUUAGAAGCAGUUCUGCGCGCGUCUGAGAAAACGAAUUGUUUUUUUUGUUUCUCUGACUCUCACAGAAACUCGACUGAAGGUUGUUGAAGGAAAGCUCGAGGAAGAAGAGCCUGUGGGAGGGACUGAGAGAGAGAGAGAGAGAGAGACACAGAGAGAGAGACUGCUGCACCUCCGCUCUCUUCAGGAACAGAUCGAGUCUGAACGACGAUAUCGUGAGAGACCGCCGGCUUCUUUAGAGAAGAAGAGCCUGAUCAGAAGAGACUCCAGCGCUGGGAGAGCUCCUGGGACACGCAUGAUUGUUCUAAAGCUGGAAUGAAUCUGGACAUGGCCUCAUCUUUUCAUCUGCCGAGGAGCAGCAGCACCAGAGAAACACUGGAGAACUCGAGCAGCGACUCCUCAGACAAUGAGACAGCAGAAAAGGAGAGGUCUGUGGAGCAGAGAAGCGACGACGGAAACGCCGACGAGUCCAAGAAAAAGAAACAAAGACGACAGAGGACUCACUUCACGAGCCAGCAGCUUCAGGAGCUCGAGGCGACCUUCCAGAGGAACCGCUACCCGGACAUGAGCACCAGAGAGGAGAUCGCCGUCUGGACCAACCUCACCGAGGCCCGCGUCCGGGUCUGGUUCAAGAACCGAAGGGCGAAGUGGAGAAAGAGGGAGCGGAACCAGCAGAUGGACCUGUGCAAGAACAGCUACCUUCCUCAGUUCAGCGGCCUGAUGCAGCCCUACGAGGACGUGUACCCCGCCUACACCUACAACAACUGGACCAACAAGGGCCUGGCCCCGGCCCCGCUGUCCACCAAGAACUUCACCUUCUUCAACUCCAUGAGUCCCCUCACGUCCCAGUCCGUGUUCUCGGCCCCGACCUCCAUCUCCUCCAUGAGUAUGGCGUCCGGGAUGGGUCACUCGGCCGUGCCGGGCAUGCCGACCGCCGGCCUGAACAACAUCGGUAACCUGAACGGAAUCGGGAGCUCGGCGAUCAACCCGGCGAUGAGCUCGUCGACGUGUCCCUACGGGCCCCCCGGGUCCCCUUACAGCGUCUACAGGGACACUUGCAACUCCUUAAGACUGAAGUCCAAGCAGCACCCGUCUUUUGGAUAUAGCGCCCUGCAGAGCCCCGGGUCGAGUCUAAACGCGUGUCAGUACAACAGCUGACGAAUUAAACCGGAGCCCCGGAGAAACGACAGCCGUGCUGGAUUCGGUGCGACCGGCAUUUGUUUGUGGAAUAUGCGGAUCGUCUGCGUUUCCCUAAACCUGCACAGCGAUUUCAAUCCAUUACUUGGAUUCCAACGUUUUGAAGACAACUUAAACUCAUACAUUGUACAUAAAUAUAAACGUGGAGCGAGAGUCGGCGGCGACGCGGCGCGGGAAGGGCGCUCUGUCGGAGCGCGGCGUGUCGUGUCGUGUCGUGUCGCGUGAUUCGGGUCGUGUUCGUGCGUCGCGUUCUCUUGUAUUCAGUGUCGCGGAGCUUCUCGUCCCUUCUUUCCUUGUGUCCAUAGAUUUAACGCAUGCUUACUUCGAGUGAAAAACGUGUUUUGUAAAAACAAAAAUAUAUGAAUGUGUAGACUAAAUAACAAAGCUAUAACUUUAUGUUGUACCCCUGUUGAUUGAACUUGUGCUUGUUUCUGAUCAUGUUUGAAUAAACCUCGAAAGAAAGAAUUCCUAAGGACUGGAUAAAUCGGCGCGGGCUGAAAAAAAAACAAACUCGUUUCUAGUUUACACGAGCAGCAAGACGUCUUUCGAUCAUAUCCGACGGGUUUCUUCCCUGUUCGUCGAGAUUCAUUUCAAUGCUUGCUUUUUCUCUUUCCAUAAAUUUCACUUGACAUCGACGUGUGUCUAAACGCGCCCUCAAUCCUUCCGUUCUUAACGUUUCUUCGUUAUAAACGAUCCCCAAAGCACGCAAUUACACCCAAAUACACCUUUAGGAUAAAAGACAGAAAAGCAAACUUUAAAAUCUCUCUCUUAUCACAUGAAGUGUCUGUUUUAUCUGCACGGGUGUGAUCCCGAAGAGAAGGCUGAGGUUUUUCAUCCGUUCCUCUGAUAAAAACGCCUUUGGUUUCCUGGAAGGUCGUGAGAGAGAGAGAGAGCCGUGGACUAAGAGACCGAGUCAAACACAUCCCCGAAGAGAACACGACACGGCCCGCGA